CCUAUUAAUCCAUAUAGAUAUAAUAGUCCCAACUUUGCUCCAAACAGCAGAAAGGAAGUAAUCAAAUGGGUGAUGGGGAUGAAGUGGUUUUUGUGGGAUUCUGGACAAGUCCUUAUGUCAUGAGAGUGAAAAUUGCUUUGGCGGAGAAGGGAGUCGAUUACCUCUAUUUGGAAGAAGAACAUCUUCUCCAAAAAAACAAGAGCCCUUUGCUUCUCAAAGUCAACCCAGUGCAUCAGAAAGUUCCUGUCCUCAUUCAUAACGACAAGCCCGUACGUGAAUCCCUCAUCAUUCUUCAAUACAUUGCUGACGUUUGGAGUGAUCACAAACCUCCUCUACUUUCAGAGGAUCCUUAUCGUCGAUCUAAAGCAAGAUUUUGGGUCGACUUUUUCGACAACAAGAUAGCAGACUGUGGGAGAAGGAUGUGGGCUAGCAAGGGAGCAGACCAGGAAGCAGCAAAGAACGAGUUUGUAGAAGUCUUAAAGCUGUUAGAAGGCGAGCUUGGGGAGAUGCCUUACUUCGAAGGUGAUCGUUUCGGCCUCCUGGAUGUCGCUCUGGUACCAUUUGCCUGCAGGUUUUACACAUAUGAGAUGUUUUGCAAUUUUAGCGUGGAGAAAGAGUGCCCAAAGAUAAUGCAAUGGGUGAAAAGGUGGAGCCUGAGGGAGAGUGUUUCCAAGACCCUUCCUGACAAAUAUAAAGUCUAUGACUUUGUCUUGGAAGUCAAGAAAAUGCUUGGAAUAAAUUAAGAGCUAAGGACUCGUUUGGUAGAAAUGACUGAAUUGGAAUGGAUAAUCCUUUAAAUUCCAUUAUUUUGAAGGUU